AUGGGGAUACUGUAUGGAAUGGUGGCGAGGGGUCUCGUCGUUUUGGCUGAGUUCAGUGCGUCUCCUCAGAGCAAUGCCAGCGUCAUAGCCAAACAGAUAUUGGAUAAGAUUCAUAAUAAAAAUAAAAAUAAUGAUAAUGAAGAUAGUAAUGUCUCGUAUUCGCAUGAUCGAUACGUUUUUCAUGUUAAAAGAACCGAUGGCCUCGUUGUGCUUUGCAUGGCCGAUGACGCUUUUGGAAGAAGGAUUCCAUUUGCAUUUCUGGAAGAUAUUCACAAGAAGUUUGUGAAGACAUAUGGGAGGGCCAUUCUAUCAGCUCCAGCUUACGCCAUGAACGAUGAAUUCUGCAGAGCCCUCGCCCAGCGAAUGGAUUACUAUUCCACUGACCCUAAUGCUGAUAGGUUAAAUCGUCUCAAGGGCGAGAUGACUCAAGUACGAAGUGUUAUGAUCGACAACAUAGAGAAAGUAUUGGAGAGAGGAGACCGUUUGGCUCUGCUUGUUGACAAAACUUCAGCAAUGCAAGGAAAUGCCAUUCGUUUCAAAAGGCAGUCUCGUCGUUACAAUAAUACUCUUUGGUGGAGAAAUUUCAGGCUUAAGGCUAUUCUUGUCUUGGUAUUCAUCAUGCUGCUGUGCAUUAUGCUUGUACUUCUUUGCCAUGGGCCAUUACUGGCAUCGUGCUGGACAUGA